AAACGGUUUCAUCAUUGAAACAAGAUGAGGCUUUUUAUUUGCAGCCUCUUCUUCGCAUUAGCGAUUUUCUUUAAUUUGAUCGAAUUAGGUUCACAGAGCGAGUUUCCGCAUUCAUUAUUUCCUCCUGUCAAGGAACGGCGAGUGGCCCAUCGUGAGAGGCCAUCAAUGCACGAUAAUGGUCUUCGUUUCGAAGUGGUAAGAGGUGUCAUUAAACCAAAAACAAGAAUUCGUAAAAUUACUAAAUUAUAUACACCCGACGGUUAUGUAUUCGGAGUUGACGUCUAUGAUCAUUUUUAUCAUGUAUUCGAAAAUGAUACACCUGUCGAAAUAAUGGAAGCAACUGCCACAACUCCUGCCAAGAUUCGUCCACUGAACCGAGAUGGCUUGCCUCCUGUGCAAUAUCGAAGUGUGAUACGUCCCCCAACAGGUUUUCCAUCAUUUCCCUCUACAAGUCAAGACCAUCUGGAAAGGCUUAGGCGUACACAUUAG